CGUGUGUCAGGGGGCUGAAUCGGAGUAAACACUAGAGUCUCCACAUAACCUCGAAUUACAUACUUGGUUACAUGUGUUUAUAUCUACAUAUUCAUUAUGGAACAAUCUCCGGAUGUUUCUUGGCCAUCGGAGUAUGUAGAAUUAACGAAGAUCGACGAGCUCCUGCACUGCAGGAUUUGUUACGAAUACAUCAAGACUUCGGUUGUUACCCCAUGCUCUCACAAUUAUUGUUCGAUAUGCAUAAGAAAAUUCUUGCAUUAUAAAACUCAAUGCCCGGUAUGUUUCGAGAAUUUGUACGAAAAAGAUUUGCACCCAAAUAGGAUAUUAGAUGAAUUUAUGGAGUGCUAUUCAUCAUUGAAAGUAAAGCUCGUCAGCUGUAUCAGAGGGGCUGAGAGUAGAAGAAAUCAGAAACAUCCACCUGCAUUACCUGUGAUAGACUGUGAUAAACUAAUUGCUGCUGACAAGCCAAUUGAAACUCCAAAAAAAUUGUUUUCUAUAAGAGUGAGGGAUGAGACUCAGCUAAUGGGCACACCCAAAAAAAAUAUCACUGUAGGUACGAAUGAAAAUACGCCAAAGAUAUCUUCUCUCUUUGUACCAAAGAGUGCGGACAAAAGUAAAGCCGAAACAAGCGCUGAGAGGGUGCUUUGCCCUAUCUGCAGCAUUGAUAUAAUGGCAACAAAAAUCAAUAGGCACCUGGACGACUGUUUGAAGAGGCAAGGAUCCAUGUCUCCCCCAAGACAAUCUCAUCAUAACACCUUAGAGCCAAUGCCAAAAUAUGUCAUGAACUUAAUGAAGGAUGCUCAACUCCGCAAGCAGUUGAAGAAAUAUGGCUUAUCAACUUCGGGAGUGCGUAAAGUACUAGAAAAGAGGUUGCAGAAAUUUUCCACACUCUAUAAUGCAGAGAGAGACAAAAUUGUUCCUAAAUCUGUCCACGAGAUCGUUAAACAAUGUGAGGAAGAAGAAGUCGCUGAGAAAAGUGUGCAGCGGAUGAACUCUUCUGGAUCUUUGUUGAACAUUGAUCGGAAGUCAGACCCAAGCUCAAUUGAAGAAGCGCAAAAGCAAUAUCUGUAUAAGAAUAAGGACAACUACCAGAAAUUGAUACAGUCUAUAAACAGACGUGACAAGUCUCAAAAGAAGGUGGGAAGAUCGUUGUUCAGUCGUCAGUUAGAUGAGGAGAGCAUGGCGACGACGUCAUCGACACCAUUGACGACUACUAGUCAGAGUCUGUUGAGUGAAAGCAACGAAAAAUACGAGCCAGGCUCAUCGAGCAUAGCUUUGAGUCAGUAUCUUCGGUCAGAUUCAGACUCGAACACAUCAUACCCAUUACAGCAUUAUUCACGAGAUGAUCCGAUGCAGUUCUUAGCAUUGGAAUUAUCUUCGGACAGUCAGAAUUCUCCCCUCAAAGUUGAAAGCUCAUUGUUGCUAGAAAGAAAACUCCAAACCCCCGUAGAUCUGGAUUGGAAGAGACAUUCAGAGUCUGAAUGUUCACAUGCUAUUGUCUCAUCAAACCCGUCCCGGAUUAGCGGAUCCCCAGAAUUUGAGUCGAGCUGCCACGAGAACAACUUGAUAGCAACAUCCAUUAUAAAAGAAGGCAGUGAGUCGAAGAGCGACAUUUUUGAUGCUAGCACCGAGGACAACCUCAGCGACAAUUGCAGUGAUGAACGCAGGAGUGCAGUGAAUAGAUCGAAGAAAUUCAUUCGAAAAUCGCACAAGCAGUGGAAGAGAACAAAGACUUGCGUCGACAGCCAGUCUAAUUGUGAAACGGAUUCUGAAACCGAUGUACAGACCACAAGGCAAAGGUCUGCAGCAAAAAUUCAGAAGGGAGUAUCGCCAAAACCUGAUAAUGGAAGCUUAUAUAGCGAUUUUUCAAGGAUGCGAGACGCGAUUCUGGAUAUCGGUGAGCCGAGCUACGACGGCGGAAAUCUGAGUAGCUCAAAGAUGGAUAAAGAAAAUUCGGAAAAAACUGAGGUCGAAGUCGAGCUUACGACCGUCCGUCGGUCAUCUAGAAAAAGAAGCCAGAUUUCGUAUGCUACUGUUUCAAAAGUUCCAAAAGUACUCGAGAAGAAGGGGAAACGAAAGAAGGUGCUUGAUGAACAACGAUCCAACGUUAUUGAUGACGUUAGUGACACGUUGGAGGUUCCGUAUCCAACAAGUGCAGAUGCUAAACCUGACGGCACGGUUAAUCAGUUGACAAAUGAUACAAAAAGAUCGUUGCGAAAACGGCCCAAGCGGUGAAGUUUAAAAGAUAGGCUUUAUAAUUUGCGACUUGUGUCUAUAGUAAUAUAUUUAUAAUCAAGAUAAGGUAUUCAAAUUUAAGUAAAUUAGUAAAAAGGAUACGAAAUAACUGAAUUAAAUUGGUUACUUCGAUAUUCGUCUUACCUAUUUAUUCAUUCUGAAUUCUUUAGUUGCAUACAUGCUUACUGGAUACAAUUCCUUUAAAAAUGUGGACGUGAACUGGAGCAACAUGGCAUAUCGUUUGAUUGUCAGCUAAUGCAGUUUUGUAGAAGUUGCUCAUUGUCAGAGUAUAGAAAAGUCUGUGCAAAAUGUUAGUCCUUUAUUUCGUUAUAUGAAGUCGAUAUAACGUAAAAUAUACGAUAAAGAUUUGAUUCGAUGAUUAAAUACGACCCACUUAGAUUUUGUCACUACGUAUGGCGUCUUGAUAUAUUUUUCAGAUAUGAUGGUGUCUAAGAAUUCAAAAAAUUGGUUACUGAAUGAAAUAAACGAUUCCGAAUUUCAGGCGUCGCGAUCCGAAAUCGAUUUCUCCUCCGCGUCGGUGCGAUAUGUGAACCCAGAAAAAGUCAAUAGAUCUAAUUGGAUCCAAUUUUGGUUCAUCUAAUGUAAUCCAAUACCGGGCCAUUUCGAGUAUGCGCAUCAUAAGUCUUUCAAGACAAGCCUGUGUAUAAGUUACAGUUUGAGAAAAAAGUCAACCGACAAAAAGCAGACGAAAUUAUCGGAAUGCAACAAGUAUGUAAAGGCGGGCCGAAUCGCCGUGUUAAAUGUUCUAUGGUGCGUAUACUCGAAGUGAUGGGUCUAAUUUAUAGAUCUUACAUGAAUCUAUCAAUCAUACUGUACAAAAUUUAGAGAUUUUACAAUUAUCACAAAAAAUACUUUUGAAAUAGAUUUAAUAAUACUAGAAUUAAUUGCUUUAUUGAAUAUAUACCGGGAGGAUUCUAUGAAUCUGAUCACUCAACGCUAGCAGAUUUGCAACUGAUACUAUAUUUUAAAUAUGUUGGUACACUAAAUGUAAUUUCGGUUGCUUAUUUGCAGGCGCUGAGUGGCGAAGUUCACAGUACAUACCUACAUCCAUGUAUACAGAUAGUUAGAUGAGACUAGAUUGAGAUAAAAUUUGGAUAUAAUUAGAUAUACUCAUUUCUUCCCGGCAAUCGCUGCUGGUUAUCGAACAAACGUGUCCGAACAUCGUGCACGAGUCGUAAACAAGUCCCGGAGAUCGGAUGA